UCUUUAUUGACAAAUCAAAACUAGUUAUUCUUGAAAAAAUGGCUUUGGCUAACGCACAAACAAUUCUGUUUUUCGUAGUGUUUUCUUUCAUGUUUGUCCUUAGUAUGGCCAACUUUAACUACACUUGGGCCGGAGGAAAGUGGAACAAAACCAAUUGCCCCUAUGGUAAUAAUCACCCAAAUGCUACUCAAACCUCAAAUAAAUUCAACGUUGGUGGUUUCGAAAAUUGGCAUUAUGGUUUCGAUUACAUGGAUUGGGCUCGCAAGAAUGGCCCUUUCUUUGUUAAUGACACAUUAGUUUUCAAGUAUGAUCCACCAAAUCCAAACGGUGGAUUUCCACACAGUGUAUACUUAUUACCAAACUACUGGAGCUUCAUCAAGUGUGACUUUAGAAGAGCUAAGAGAAUAGCAAAUCCGAACCAGGGUGCAGGAGAAGGAUUCGAGUUUGUGUUGAAGAAAAUGCAGCCUUACUAUUUUGCUUGUGGAGAGCAUGGGGGAAUCCAUUGCAACAAUGGUACCAUGAAGUUUGUUGUCAUGCCACUCAAACGUUGGCCUUUCUGAUUAGAUAAGAUGUUUGAUACUUUUAAGGCAUGAUUUAGGUUUUGUGUUUGGAACAAAUAACGAGUGUUAUACUUAGUUGAUUUUGGAAUUUCAUUUUUAAUUAUUUGUGAUAGGAGUUGUGAUUGAAAAAAAAGAUUAAAUAAAUUAGUUUCUCUUCUCUCUCUGUACAUACCCCCACCCCCACCCCCAAUUGGGAGGCA